AUGUCCCACUCUGAAGCUUCGGGAGAUUUUGACCUACGCACCAAGCUGAAGGUGUCCAGGACAGAGAUUGCCAUGGCGAUAGAUGACCCUUUCCCUCUGCUCUAUGGCCUAGCAGACCACAGCAUCAUCCCUGAAUCUCUUCUGAAGGAGAGCGUAGAGAGAGGAGAGAGGGAGGGGGUCCAUAAGGCCGUGUACUCGCUCCUUUCCUGGGUUCUCCAGCAGGGCGGCGACACCAUCCAGGCAUUCUGGAAGAAUCUCUCCAAGGAGUACAACCAGCACAGCUACCCCAAACUACAGGCCUUGCUCAGCAGAAUCUUUAGAGCCACAGCUCAGGGGGGCGGAGCCAAGAAGAGAAGUGGGAGUGGCCAACAGCUGAUUUCCCACAACAAGAAAAGAGAAGCCCCGCCCAGUGCAGUGUCAGCAUUACAGGAUGGUUGUGAUGGUUCAGAGCAGCAGCAGGAAUCCUGUACCGCAGUGAAGCCCGAGGUUGCAGUAACACACAGUGGCCAGCAGGGGGAGCUCCUCAGCAGCAGCAGCACCAUCACACGAACUGGAGACAUUAAUGACGAUGAGUGUACAGUAUGUAAAGAUGGCGGGGAGCUCAUCUGUUGUGAUGGUUGUCCUCGAGCAUACCACCUGGGCUGCCUAGAUCCCCCACUCACCUCUAUACCCAGUGGCAGCUGGCGAUGUGGACAGUGCCAGAGCACUCAGAUGGCGCCUCAGACAACCUCCGCACCUGUGCAGGGUCUUGGUGAAGGGAGUGUGAGGGUCCUGUGUGGCAUUUGCCACCUUAGCAGUGGUGACAUCAUCACCUGUGUCCAGUGUCACCAGGGAUACCAUGGCCAGUGCCACUUCUCAGGAGGCAGUAGUACAUGCAGGUCCUGUUGCAGUUCCUGGAGUAGAAGAGAGGAACAAUCACACACUCUACAGGUUUGUGAUGGAGCAGAGCAAGGUGUCUCAGUCAUGAGGAAAGAAGAAAAUGACUCAAUGGCAGGAGAGGCCUCUGUAGACACCAUCCUGCAGUGGGCUUUCCAUAACUUGUCCCGCCCACUCACUGACUCUCAGGGCUUCUUCCCAUAG